CUCAUAUUCUCAAUCAUAUAAGCACACCACAAUUGUCUCUACUCCCCAUCCCGUACUAUCUCUCUAUACUUGGACUGCACAGGCUGCACGAGAAUCAUCGUUGGGUCAGGAAACAAGCUAGUGACGCCACACCUUCCCCCCCUCCACUUCACCUAUAACUUAUCCCCUAUACUAUCAGUUACUGCCCAACAAUGGGCUUAUCACUUUCGAAAGUCUUCCAAUCCCUGACUUCUCUCGCUUUUUGGGGAAAGGAUAAAGAAGUGAGGAUCUUGAUGGUCGGUCUGGAUUCCGCUGGGAAGACUACGAUUCUAUAUAGAUUACAAAUCGGAGAAGUAGUCUCUACCAUACCCACUAUCGGUUUCAACGUCGAGACUGUCUCGUAUAAAAACAUCAAUUUUCAAGUUUGGGAUUUAGGAGGGCAAUCUAGUAUCAGACCAUAUUGGAGGUGUUAUUAUGCCAAUACGCAGGCAAUCAUAUACGUCAUCGAUUCAGCCGAUACAGCCCGUUUAGCCACUUCCCGUUCCGAACUCCUCACCAUGUUAGCGGAAGAUGAACUCAAAGCUGUCCCAGUGCUCGUUUUCGCCAACAAGCAAGAUGUCGCUGGGGCGUUGAGUCCGGGGGAUAUAAGUGAUAAACUUGGAUUGGCGGGACAAGAAAAAGGACGAGAGUGGAGUGUGAGAGGUAGUUGUGCGACAAAGGGAGAAGGAUUAGAAGAGGGUUUAGAUUGGCUGGUUAAUACAAUACAAAAAUAAAACCCAUCAUAGCAUGUAUCAUUUGGUUUUCUUUUG